UUCCGGUUGGGCAUUCACAACAUCCAAGAUGGCUGCCACCGUGGAGUCCCUCGUUUCGUACGGGACCGAUUCAGAUUCAGAUAAUGAGACAAAAUCUAAUGCUAGUCCCGAAAAAGUUGACCCUGAUGCCCUAGCACACCUUCAACCGUUGAAAUCUGGACAAACAAUGUCUUUGGCUCUCCUUAAUUCAGCUCCUGAGGUCGCCGUAAAGGAGGCUGUGGAGACUGGUGUGCAUCUGGACCCAUCUCUCAAAGAGGUCACCUACAACCCCACAUAUGAAACCAUGUUUGCACCAGAGUUUGGUCCUGUCAACCCAUAUAGAAGUCAACAGAUGGCUGCUCCCAGGAAUAUGCUGUCUGGCUAUGCAGAGCCUGCUCACGUCAAUGACUUCAUGUUUGAACAGCAGAGGAGGACCUUCUCCACCUUUGGCUAUGCUCUGGAUCCGUCUGUGGACACAACAAGCCAGAAUUCCUCCAAUAGCUACAUCGGUGCAGUGGAUGAGGCAGAGAAAAAGAAAGGGUUGACUGUGUUUGAGGUUGGCCCAAAAAAACAUGACAAGAGGAAAAAGGUGCAAGGAGGUGAAUCGGAUGACAUUGACAAUUACCUCGGGCCCUGGGCGAAAUACGUGGACGAAAAGGACGGGGCCAAACCAUCAGAGGAGGAACAGAAGGAGCUGGAUGAGAUCACAGCCAAGAGGCAGAAGAAGGGAAGGAAUGAGGAAGAGGCUCCGGCGGAGGAGAAGACCAUUCUCCAUGUUAAAGACGCGUAUGACUACCAAGGGAGGUCUUACCUCCACGUACCCCAAGACGUGGGUAUUAACCUGCGUACUGCAGACAUACCAGACAAGUGUUACCUGCCCAAGAAACAGAUCCACGUCUGGACUGGACACACCAAGGGGGUCAGUGCUAUCCGUCUGUUUCCUGUGUCAGGUCACCUGCUGCUCUCCUGCUCUAUGGACUGUAAGAUCAAGUUAUGGGAGGUGUAUAAUGAGAGGAGGUGCGUACGGACGUUUAUCGGCCACAGUAAAGCAGUGCGGGAUAUCUGCUUCAACAACACUGGGACUCAGUACAUGAGUGCAGCCUACGACCGCUACCUCAAACUCUGGGACACAGAGACAGGCCAGUGCAUCUCCCGCUUCACCAACCGGAAGGUGCCGUACUGCGUCAAGUUCAACCCAGAUGAGGACAAGCAGAACCUUUUCGUGGCCGGCAUGUCUGAUAAGAAGAUCGUUCAGUGGGACGCAAGGACCGGGGAGGUGGUUCAGGAGUAUGACCGUCACCUGGGCGCGGUCAACACCAUCACGUUCGUGGAUGAGAACCGCCGUUUUGUCAGCACGUCAGACGACAAGUCCCUCCGCGUGUGGGAGUGGGACAUUCCCGUGGACUUCAAAUACAUCGCAGAGCCCAGUAUGCACUCUAUGCCUGCUGUAACGCUUUCACCCAAUGGUAAGUGGCUGGCCUGCCAGUCCAUGGACAAUCAGAUCCUGAUAUUUGGAGCCCAGAACCGUUUCCGUCUGAACAAGAAGAAGAUCUUCAAGGGCCACAUGGUGGCUGGCUACGCCUGCCAGGUGGACUUCUCCCCAGACAUGAGCUAUGUGGUGUCUGGCGAUGCGGAUGGGAAGCUGAAUAUCUGGGACUGGAAGACCACCAAGCUGUACCACCGGAUCAAGGCACACGAUAAGGUGUGCAUCAGUGCCUUGUGGCACCCCCACGAGACCUCCAAGGUCAUCACCUGUGGCUGGGACGGACUGAUCAAGCUCUGGGACUAGAGACAUGGGGGUGGGGGCUGCAAAGGGACUCCCUCUUUUUAGGGGGAGAGGUGGUCUCUCUGUUAUGUACUUUCCCUAAUUUAGUGGCAGGCUAAAAGCCAUAGGGCUGGUAUCUAGUCCUUUUGUAACAGUGUAUAUUUCUACCCCAUCUGAAGAGAGGACAGCGACGUAUACCUAGAAAGAUCAACAUUUUCUCCGUGUGUUAGUGUUUAGAGGGUUUCUCAGCUUUUCAUUUAAUUUCAUGUCUUCUGGUUUCUGUUUUAAUCAGUGAUGUCCGUAUUGUUCACACCAUUUUUUUUAUCCUGGAAAAUAUUCUGUUUUCCAAUGUAUGUCCCUUUGUGAAAUUAAACAUUUUAUAAAUUU